AUGACAAACGCUGUCUCCCGUGUUAGCUGACAUAGGAGCUCCCCAGGUGCUGACCUGAACCUUGCCCACCCCUGGUUCUUUUCGGUGGAAGUGAUCAGGCAGCCUAAUGGAGACGUCUCCUGCCAAUCCAGUGGAAGAAAGAAACACCGCUCAACCGCAGCAGCAAUGGGAAAAGAACCCCCAGGAGAAACUUGAUUUAACUACUCAGACUAGGCAGCAGCCCCAAGACCUUUCUACUGAAAUUCUAGAGCCAACAGUGAGCUCAGAUCCAGCCAGCCAAGCUCUGGAGACUUCUCAAGGGACCAAAAACCUGGUCCUUGGGCUUGAAGGAGACUCAGAUGAGUCUCAUGGAUCAUCCAGUGAGAUGCUAGAGCCCCCUCCAGCUUCUGAUCUCUGGCCCUGUCCCGAUGGGAGCUUUGUCAAGAAGAUCUUAGUCCGUGGCCAUGGUUUGGAUAAACCCAAAUUGGGCUCCCUCUGCCGGGUACUAGCUUCUGGGCUUCCCAUUGAAUCAGGGGUGACAGGCGACUGCACAGAACUAACUGUGGGGAUAGGCCCAUGGAGGGAUGAUACGUGGGGGGAACUCAUAGAAAAAUGCUUGGAGACCAUGUGUCAAGGCGAAGAGGCAGAGCUCCAGCUGCCGGGGCCUUCCAGACCUCCUGUCAGGCUCACACUGGCCUCCUUCACUCCAGGACGGGAUUCCUGGGAGUUGGAGGCCAGCGAGAAGGAGGCCCUAGCUAAGGAAGAACAUGCAAGAGGCACAGAAUUAUUUCGAGCUGGGAACCCUGAAAGGGCCGCUCGAUGCUAUGGACGAGCUCUUCGACUACUGCUAACUUUACCCCCACCUGGCUCCCCAGAAAGAACUGUCCUUCGGGCCAACUUGGCCGCCUGUCAGUUACUGCUAGGACUGCCCCAUUUGGCAGCCCAGAACUGUGACCGGGUGUUGGAGCAGGAACCUGAACAUUUAAAGGCCUUGUACCGAAGGGGGGUUGCCCAGGCUGCCCUUGGGAACCUGGACAAAGCAACUGCUGACUUCAAGAAGGUGCUGGCACUAGAUCCAAAAAACCGGGCUGCCCAGGAGGAGCUGGGGAAGGUCAUCAUUCAGGGGAAGAAACAGGAUGCUAGACUGGCCCAGGGGCUACGCAAAAUGUUUGGCUGAUUAAAAGUUAAACUCUAAAAGAG